AUGUCUCUCUUCUUCUCAAAGACGAAGGCCACAGAGCAAAGAAUCCCAUCACCUUCGCCUCGCACAGGCACAGGCACACAGCCUCCCUGCCGCCUCCGCCUACCACAACCAGAGCUAAAUACGGGCGACUCCAGACAAGCACAAGUAAUUGCUUUCUGGAUGGUGGUCGCUGUCAUGUCUGCUAGUUGGUAUGGUAGAAACUGCAGCAGCGAAGAAACAGAAGCGAAACGGUUAAGCUCUGCUGCUGCUAGGUUACAUAUUCGUUCCCGGCUAGCUGCUGGUAAUGUCAUCCAUCCGCUGGAGCAAUUGCAGCUCAAAUUAGAAUUGAGGCUACUGGAAGCUCUCAUGAUUUACCCUCCCUUCAGGCUCUACUGUUUGAUCAAAUGCUACAUUGCACUAAAGGGAAAUGCUCCUAUUCAUGAUGAGAAGCGAGUUUGGAGUAUUUGCAGUAAUGGGUAG